AUGACGAAGCUGGAAAACAUUCUAGCUUCAUUCAUGACUAGCACUCAGGCUGCUAUCACAUCACUGGAGGCAGGUCAGCGGAACCAGGGUGCCAUUUUGCAGGAUCUGCAGACCCAGGUGGGCAUCUUGGCCCGCCAGAGCACCACCAGGGCACCGGGGACUCUGCCUGCCACCACUGUUCCUAAUCCUCGAGAUCCUCACCAGCAUCAGCAGCUGGAUGCCAGUUUUACCAGGAGCGGUAAGGUGAUAUCUGCUGAUCCUGCCCCGGCCAGACAGGAGGAACAACUACCUGCUUCAGCACUUCCAGCCGACGAUGCAGAAGUGCGGGUGGAGAAGGAAGCCCCUGCCCCCAAGCCACAACCAGUGGUUAAGGAGCAUGUACCCCAGCUUCCCUUCCCCACUCGUCUACACAAGGACAAGCUGGAGACUGAGUUUGCCAAGUUCAUGGCAAUGUUGAAGCAGCUCAACAUCGGCAUACCGUUCAUGGAGGCACUGUCGAAGAUGCCCAAGUAUGCCAAGUUCAUGAAAGAUAUCUGCACCAACAAGAAGAAACUUGGGGAUCUCUCGACAGUGAUGCUCAGUGAGGAGUGUUCUGCUAUCCUGCAGAACAAGCUGCCCGAGAAGCGCAAGGAUCCAAGGAGUUUUACUAUCCCUCUUACUAUUGGCAGCAUGCAUGUAGGAAAGUCCUUGACGGACCUAGGCGCUAGCAUUAACGUCAUGCCAUAUAAGUUGUAUAAAAUUCUAGACCUAGGUGAAUUUAGCCCUACUAGGAUGAGCAUUCAGUUAGCUGAUCGUUCUAUCGUGCAUCCUAAGGGUAUCAUUAAGGAUCUGCUUGUUAAAGUAGGUACAUUCACAUAUCCUGUUGAUUUUGUUAUUCUUGCUGUGCAUGAGGAUGUGGAUGUGCCUUUGAUUCUAGGUAGGCCAUUUCUUGCCACCGCCAAGGCACUUAUUGAUGUGCAUGAUGGUAAGUUGAUCUUGCGUGCUGGGAAUGAACAGGCUACUUUUUCUGUGACUGAGUUUGAUCACUGUGUUAUGAUUGAUGUCACGCCUGUGCAUGCUAUGUCUGAUCAGGUACACGAGCCUGUCGUGUAUCCUUCUGCACCUCCUAUUUUGCAGGACCCUCCUAUUAUUCCUUCGCCGCCACUCCAUCCAGCCUCACCUCCGAACAAAAAGCUCAAGGAGGAGUGGCGACCGAAGCCGCAGGUUGCUAAGCCUGCACGUAAGAAGAGUGGAGACCACUAUGAGCUGGUCCCACCUCCUGCACCACGACCACCCUGGCCGUCUGGGUACUCACUCUCCUGCAUCUUGCCAGAUGGGCAGGUCGAGCUGACUGAUGAGGGUGGUCGCAUCCGUCGGGUGCAUGGCCACAACCUCAAGCUGUACCUCAAGAGCGACGUGGAUCCGCUCUUGGAGGCACCUGUUCCUGCACCGCCCUGA